AUGCAAAUUGAGCUUUCAAUAUUGAAGACAAGUCUUGAUAGAAGUCUUAAAGAAUUUGAAGAAGAAUGCAAACAUAACAUGCAACUUAUUAAAGAUUCAAAAACUAACAUUGUUAAAUUGUCCGAAUUAGAACGAACUAAUGCAGAACUCCGAAAUCAUAAUGAAACUAUUUCAUCUGUUUCAGUUUUAAGAACCUCUCCUGUUUCUCCAUUUCUACAAGAAUCAUCUAUUAUUAGUGACCACCCAGAACACAAGAAAGCACUUCGCUUAAUUAGCAAGAUGUGGUUAAUGAAGAACAUCGAGUAUGAUAGGAAAUAA